AAUUUGAAAAUAUCUUCAGCUCGCGCGCCGCUGCAGUUAGUUAGCUGGUGCUCGGUUUGCAGUAGGGACGUAUUAAUGCAGAGCGAAUAAGAUAGGAGACGGUUUGUUUUUAGGUGUAAUUCAGUAGCAGGACGUUUGCACGCUCUGAAGCGGCAACUUUGCGUUUAAUUUACCCAAAUAAUUCGACUUUGAAAGGCAAACACGAGCGCCUGAGGUGGUUAAAAUGGCCACGGCGGAAGGACCACUGAAGUCUUUGUUCGAGAACAAGGCCCUGAGCAAGCCAAAGAAGGAUGAGAAGCGUCUCUCCGUGGAGCGCAUCUACCAGAAGAAGACUCAGCUGGAGCACAUCCUGCUCCGGCCGGACACCUACAUCGGCUCUGUGGAGCCCGUCACACAGCAAAUGUGGGUGUUUGAUGAAGGGGUCGGGUUGAACUGCAGGGACAUCACGUUUGUCCCCGGCCUCUACAAGAUCUUCGACGAGAUCCUAGUCAAUGCUGCAGAUAACAAGCAGAGAGAUAGCAGCAUGAACUGCAUCAAGAUCACCAUUGACCCAGAGAACAACGCCAUCAGCAUCUGGAACAACGGGAAGGGCAUUCCUGUGGUGGAGCACAAAGUGGAGAAGGUGUAUGUGCCGGCACUCAUCUUCGGCCAGCUGCUCACCUCCAGCAACUACGAUGACGACCAAAAGAAGGUCACAGGUGGUCGUAAUGGAUAUGGUGCCAAGCUGUGCAACAUCUUCAGCACAAAGUUCACUGUGGAGACGGCAUGCAAGGAGUCCAAGCAGUGUUUCAAGCAGACGUGGUUCAACAACAUGGGUCGUGCAGACGAGGCCAAAAUCAAGCCCUUCAGUGGUGAAGACUUCACAUGCAUCUCCUUCCAGCCUGAUUUGUCCAAAUUCAAGAUGGUGUCUCUGGACCGUGACACGGUGGCGCUGCUGACAAGGCGCGCGUACGACAUUGCCGGCUCUAGCAAAGGUGUCAAGGUGUAUCUCAAUGGCACCAAGUUGCCUGUGAGUGGGUUCCGCAGCUAUGUGGACCUGUAUGUGAAGGACAGAACGGACGAGACGGGCUCUCCCCUUACUGUAGUGCACGAGAUAGUGAACCCGCGUUGGGAGGUCUGUCUCGCCAUGAGCGAGAAGGGCUUCCAGCAAGUCAGCUUCGUCAACAGCAUUGCCACCACCAAGGGUGGCAGACACACAGACUAUGUGGCUGACCAGAUCGUGUCCAAGAUGAUUGAGGUGGUGAAGAAAAAGAACAAAGGUGGUGUGGUGGUCAAGCCCUUCCAGGUGAAGAACCACAUGUGGCUAUUUGUGAACUGCCUGAUUGAGAACCCCAGCUUUGACUCGCAGACCAAAGAGAACAUGACAUUGCAGCAGAAGAGCUUUGGCUCCACCUGUACACUCAGUGAGAAGUUCAUCAAACAGGCAAACAGCUGUGGCAUUGUGGAGAGCGUGAUGAACUGGGUGAAGUUUAAGGCUCAGACUCAGCUCAAUAAGAAGUGCUCAGCUGUCAAACACUCCAAGAUCAAGGGCGUACCCAAGCUGGACGAUGCUAACGACGCUGGUGGUAAGAACUCUGCCGGCUGCACUCUCAUCCUCACCGAAGGAGACUCGGCCAAGACCCUGGCCGUGUCUGGACUCGGCGUGGUGGGCCGUGACCGCUAUGGUGUUUUCCCCUUGCGUGGAAAAAUGCUCAACGUGCGGGAGGCUUCUCACAAACAGAUCAUGGAGAAUGCCGAGAUCAAUAACAUCAUCAAGAUCCUGGGUCUGCAGUACAGGAAGAACUACAGUGACCCCGAAUCACUCAAGACGCUGCGCUAUGGCAAGCUCAUGAUAAUGACAGAUCAGGAUCAGGAUGGCUCCCACAUCAAAGGGCUGCUCAUCAACUUCAUCCACCACAACUGGCCCUCGCUGCUGCACCACAACUUCCUUGAGGAGUUCAUUACGCCCAUCAUCAAGGCAUCGAAUAAGAAGCAGUCGCUCUCCUUUUAUAGUAUCCCAGAGUUCACAGAGUGGAAAGAGAAGCAGAGCAACCUGAAAUCAUGGAAGAUCAAGUACUACAAAGGUUUGGGUACCAGCACAGCCCUGGAGGCUAAAGAGUAUUUUUCGGACAUGGCGAGACAUCGCAUCCCGUUUAAAUACUCUGGAUCUGCCGAUGACGAGGCGAUCACCCUUGCCUUUAGUAAGAAGAAAGUUGAAGAGAGAAAGGAGUGGCUCACAAGCUUUAUGAUCAACAGGAGACAGCGCCGGGAGCAUAACUUGCCCGAGGAGUAUCUGUACGGAAAAGAGACCAAAUCACUCACCUACCAUGACUUUGUCAACAAGGAGCUGGUGCUUUACUCCAACUCGGACAACGAACGAUCUAUCCCAUGUCUGGUGGACGGUCUGAAGCCGGGACAGAGGAAGGUAGUGUUCUGCUGCCUGAAACGAAACGAUAAGCGUGAGGUGAAAGUGGCCCAGCUCGCUGGUUCUGUAGCUGAGAUGUCUGCUUAUCACCAUGGAGAGGUUUCACUGAUGAUGACCAUCGUGGGCCUGGCACAGAACUUUGUGGGCAGCAACAAUCUCAACCUACUGCAGCCUCUGGGGCAGUUCGGUACACGCCUUCACGGUGGAAAAGACUCGGCCAGCCCCAGAUACAUCUUCACCAUGCUCAGUCCUUUGGCUCGGCUCCUUUUCCCUGCUGUGGAUGACAACCUGCUCAAGUACAACUACGAUGACAACAUGCGUGUUGAGCCAGAGUGGUAUGUUCCCAUCAUCCCACUCGUACUGGUUAACGGCUCUGAUGGCAUUGGCACAGGCUGGGCUAGUCGAAUCCCCAACUAUGACGUGCGUGAAAUUGUCAGCAACAUCCACCGUAUGCUCGAAGGCCAGGAGCCUCUGCCCAUGUUGCCUAGUUAUAAAGGCUUUAAAGGAACCAUUGAGGAGCUGACCACCAACCAGUAUAUGAACAGUGGUGAGGUGGCUAUUAUUGACUCCACCACCAUUGAGAUCUCUGAGUUGCCUGUGAAAACCUGGACUCAGACUUACAAGGAAAACGUGCUGGAGGUGAUGCUGAACGGCUCUGAAAAGGUGCCUGCUCUGAUCACGGAUUAUAAAGAGUACCACACGGACACCACUGUGCGCUUCGUGGUCAAAAUGACUGAGGAGAGGCUGCGGGAGGCUGAGGCUGCGGGGUUACACAAAGUCUUCAAGCUCCAGAACCCACUCACUUGCAACUCCAUGGUGCUGUUUGACCAUGUGGGCAGCCUGAAGAAGUAUGAGACUGUGCAGGACGUCAUGAAGGACUUCUUUGAGCUUCGUAAGAAAUACUAUGUGCUAAGGAAGGACUGGCUUCUCGGAAUGCUGGGAGCUGAAAGCGCCAAGCUCUCCAACCAGGCACGCUUCAUUUUGGAGAAGAUCGAGGGCAAGCUCGUCAUUGAGAACAAACCCAAGAAGGAGCUGAUUCGCAUGCUGCAGGAGAUGGGUUAUGACUCAGAUCCUGUUAAGGCCUGGAAAGAAUCUCAGGAGAAGGACAUGACAGAAGAGGGAGAUGAUGAAGAUGAGGAAAGAGAAAAAGAGGAAGAGACCUCGGGACCUGACUAUAAUUAUCUCCUGAGCAUGCCCAUGUGGUUCCUCACUAAAGAGAAGAAAGAUGAGCUGUGCAAGCAAAGAGAUGAUAAGAUGAACGAGCUGAGUAUAUUGAAGAGGAAGUCUCCUACAGAUCUGUGGAAGGAGGAUCUCGCUGCCUUUACUGAGGAGCUGGAACGUGUGGAGCAGGCUGAGCGAGCUGCCCAUAGCUCAGUCACACAGAUCAAAAUGAAAGGAGGCAGAUCCAAGGUGGUGAAGGUGAAAGACGAGACCAUGCCCACCCCCCAGGGCCGUCGGGUUAUUCCGCGCAUCACCAGUGCUAUGAAGGUCCAGGCUGUCAAAAAGGGCGGAGCCAAGAAGGGCAAACUCAAGUCCGAGAGUGAUGGCAGCGUGGUGAUGAAGAUGGAGUUUGGCGAUGAGGAUGAGGAAGCAGGAGACUCUCCAGAGAUUGGACUCGCUGCUCGUCUGACCAAAAAGGUCAAGAAGGAGCCCAAAGAUAAAGGUUCUAAGUCAGGGAAGCAGACCACACUGCAGUUUAAACCCGUCAAGAAGAAGAAACAGCUGUCGUCUGACGAGGAGGAGAGCGGAGAAGAAGAUUCCGGCACGCCUGGAAGUGCAGGCGACAUGGCUCCCAGAGAGCGGCAUGUCAGAAAAGCUAAUGCCAUGGUGAAGUACUGCCUAUCUGAGAGUGAGGAUGAAUCUGGAAACUGGGAGAGUUUGGGCAAAAAGAAAGCUCCAGUAAUUGUUUCCGAUGAUGACGAAGAUGACAUGUUUGUCCCAGAACCCAGUGCUCUAACUGAGAGUGAGCAGGACUCACCUGCCCCGCCUCCACCGAAAAAAACUGUGAAAAAAACCAAGGAGGACAAAUUGGACAAAGACACAUUGGCAGUGAAGAGCAUGCUCACCUCUGAAAGCACUGCUUCUAAACCUCCACCCAAGCCCAAAGAGAAAGUGGUGAAGAAAGCAGCUGAUGGUCCUGCAAAGAAACCUGUGGCGAAGAAGACCACCACUGCCCCCAAAAAGAAAGCGACAGAUGUCAAGCAGCCAUCCAUCCUCGACGCACUGUCCAAACCUUCCACCGCUAAAAAGAGCACAGCCAAGAAACAGGCCACGUCCAGUGAAUCCGACAACUCUGCCCCUGCACCAGCCAAAAAAGCAGCAGCGCGUAAAAGGAAAGUGGUCAUGAGCAGCGACGAUUCAGACAGCGACUCGGACGGAGGAAACCUCAUGGCCCGCCUCAAAAGUAAAGCUGCAGUCACAGGAAAGAAAAGUAAGGCAGACGACGACAGCUUUUCUUUGGAAUUGACUUCCCCCGCUGUGGCACCCAGAAAGAAAACGGCACGCAGCACAAAACCAGUCACCUACACACUGGACUCGGAUUCAGACGAUGACUUUUAAAGCCAGCGUUGUACAUAUGUUUUAAAACUUGCAUUCAGUUAUAGGUCCUUUUAGCUUUUAACGAUCACACUUCGAAGCUUGGAAAGAAAUAUUGAUGUGGAAGUGUUCGAGAAUCUAUUUGUCUGUGUUGUAAAUAUUUUCUAUUAUCUUUUUCUACUGAUUUUUUCAAAAAUAAACUUUGUCAAUUCAG